CAAAGCUUCAUCUUUGGUCGUCCGAGUAAGCGAGCAAAUCGCGGAUAAUUCUCCAAUGAGUUCACCUUCACGCAAUUAAGUUUGAGUGCUGCGUCGCCUCUUCUUUUAAACGAUCUCCUUCACAACAACCAUGAACGGCUCGCUGUCCUCGAACACGGUGGACAUAAAACUCAAGCGAGGGCCUGCAGGCCUGGGCUUCAAUAUUGUGGGCGGCGUGGACCAGGAGUACGUCGUCAAUGACAGCGGCAUCUACGUGUCCAAAAUUAAGGAGGAUGGCGCCGCGGCGCUGGACGGGAGGCUUCAGGAGGGUGACCGGAUCCUAGCGAUCAAUGGUGUCAAGCUGGAAGAACAGACACACAGAGCUGCCGUGGAUUUGUUCCGGACAGCGGGGGAGGACGUGGAGCUGCGUGUUCUGAAAAAGUCGCCCCAUCAUAUGAACGGAUGCUCCGAUUCCCAAGCCGAUCCUGCGCCCUCAGCGCCUUAUCUGGGGCUAAUCGCUGUGCUAACAGGAGCCGCCGCUGCCCUCUUCGCAUUCGUUUACAUCCGUAACAUCAGGAGACCGUUUUAACAAUUCCAUAUCUUUUUUUUUUUAAAGGAUUGAGCAUGUUCCUUAAGGCCAAAGAAGGGAAGGGAAAUUGAAAAAAAAAAGUUUUUUUUUCCGAUGAGCUAAUGACACUUAAGCAUUUCUCUUCGCAGAGAUACACGCCAUCGCGCUGCUUUGUGGGACGUCCCUUCGUAACAUGGCCAUUCUUAAGGGGGGGAAAAAUGAGUAAGAGGCGCCUCGAGUGUCGCCGUCCUUUUUGUUUCGUCUCAACGUAUUCCAGUCAGACUUGGCAGUGCCUUGUAACGCGUUUUUUUUUUUUUUUUUUUUUGCGCUUUAUCGCCGUCAAAUGUGCACAUUUCUGGCCAGUCAUCCACGGAACUAACACUACAGUAUUCUGGUAAGCCAUCAAUCAAUGUUGAACAAUUGAGUCAUGGUUCCUACCUUGAGGUUAAAAUUGACUGCACUACUUGGCUGUGACCUUUUGGGGGCGCUGUAGAUUCACCUUCAACUAGUUGACGAGUUGGAACAAAACACAACGUUCGGUAUGAUGACUUGAGUGUCCAUACUCCGCGUUUCGUGACAACUCAGGUAAACCAAACAAAGAUAUUUCAACAAAGAUGCUUCAACAAGUAUAAAAUAAGAAAAAUAUCAGGUGAAAAUUAGCAGCUUUAAUUUUAAUCAUUCAUCAAUCGAGAUUUUGGUGACUGUUCAUCUCUACAAAAAUAUAUUAAUAAACGCAGCAUCAUUUUUCCGAAUGCUUCCUAAUUUAGUUCGAUUAUCGCAAUUUGAAGCAGUAGAGGCUAUUAAUGGCGUGCAGUACUUCGCUGUGACCUGCAGGGGUUCCACUGAGUCGCCCUCAAUUUAGAAAUGAACGCGUAGGUUAAAAUAUACAAACUGACAAAAAGGUCAAAUAAAAAAAAUGUAAAGAAUAAAUUCUUCCAUUCGGUAGAUUAAAUAAAGGUCUUCACAUGCCAGGAUCUAAAUCAUACACAUGCCAAAAAUAAAUAAAAACGUUAUAACUGACACAAGAUGUUGCAAGAUAGCAUCAAAGCACUUUUCUCAAUCGAACCUCCUUCGCUCAUAUCAACAUAGUUCCUUGGCCACCGGAUGGCAUCAAAGAAGCGUUGAUGUUUCUGUGUGCAUUUGGCUGCACACGGAAACAGUGAAGAAGAUGAUAUUUUCAGCCAAUAACCAAGAAUUGGUUCCCGGUAAUAAUCCGGCAAUGCCAAACCGCUAAAAUUGAGUGUUAUCGGAUCUUGCCGCAAUGGAGACUCAAAUUGGAGUGCGCUGGUUGGCUGCUAUCUGAAGGCGUGCUUCUGUCCAGUCUCUCAUUUAGAUUGUGUUAAAGAACAAUAUUUAUAUAUUUUGGGGGGCCAUAAAUGUCACAUUUUAUAGGUUAAUUCAGUUAUAAAAAUGUGUUAUUCUCCUUAAUACUUCAAGAUUGAUCAAAAUAUAAAUUACAACGUUUUGGUUUUUUUUUAAAGAUCUGAAUAUUUCUCAGUCA